AUGUCGACACAAGCAGCUCCCUUCUACCAGCUCCGUUGCGGCUGCAACCAAUACCCCUGGGGCAAGCAAGGCUCCGACUCUCUAUCCGCACGACUCUGCGAGAAGACACCAGGAUGGGCUGGAGACGACAAGAAGAAUUUCAAGAUCGAGGAGGAUAAGCCCUACGCUGAGAUGUGGAUGGGCACCUACCCCGUCUUACCAUCCUACGUUGCCAGCACUGGUGAAGACCUCCAAGACGUUUUGGACCGAUACCCAAAGGAGCUUCUUGGAGAGAAGGUAACCUCAAAGUUUGGCCACAGCAAGCUCCCAUAUCUUCCCAAGGUUCUAUCUAUUGCGAAAGCAUUGCCGCUACAGGUUCACCCUAACAAGGAGUUCUCAAGCAAGAAGCACAAGGAGGACCCCGACUCAUUCACCGACGGCAACCACAAGCCGGAAAUUGCUCUCGCGUUGUCUGAGUUUGAGGCUUUCUGUGGCUUCAAGCCCGUUGAGGCCAUCGUCGAUGUUCUGCGCCAGAAGCCGUUGAGACAUUUCCUUGUUGCUGGAGGCGCAACUGUUGCAGAUGAGAAGCUCAGCCAAGAAGGAUUGAAGGCAGUUGUUCGAAAGAUUCUGACAUCUUCCGAUGAAGAGAUCAAGAAGGCCUUCCAAUCAAUCCGGGAACUACCUGACUCUGCCUUUACUGGUCUCAACUCCGCCAUCCCUCAGGUUGCCAAGAAGCUCGAGGACCAGUUCCCCACAAACGACCCCGGCAAUCUGGUUGGUCUCCUGUGCAUGAAUUACAUGCUGCUCCAGCCCGGCGAGGUUAUCUACAUCCCCGCUGGCGGCAUCCACGCAUACAUCCAGGGCGAUAUUAUCGAAUGCAUGGCGCGCUCCGACAACGUCCUCAACACCGGAUUCUGUCCCAAGGCAGAGCGAGACAACGUUGACGAAUUCUGCUCAGUGCUCACCUGGGAACCCACAACAAAGUCGCAGACGACCCUGAAGCCAAAGACUUACCCCGGAGGCAAAGAGGGCAAGACUCAGCUCUUCCAACCUCCUACCAGCGAAUUCAACGUGCUUGCUACCGAUCUGGAGUCCAGCGAGCGCGAGGUUUUGAGUGAGGGUGGGCCGAAGAUUAUUCUCGCUACACGAGGCAGUGCGACUGUCAAGGCGAAUGAUCAGUCGUUCGAGUUGGCAGAGGGACAUGUCUACUUCAUUGCUCAAGGAGUGGAGUUGGAUAUCACUGCUGGAAAUGAGGGUCUACUACUACAUACCGCGGUUGCGGAGUAA